UUUGCUUAAUUGUUUGCUAAAUGUUUGAGGUGUGAAAGAAACCGCAAUGGAGCAAAAUAUGGGUGUGUGUGGCUGGAGGAUGUGUUUGCAUGCACGCAUCAGAAGGGGGGUGGGGCGCGAACAUUUUUCUUAUAAAACAAAGGGGGGCCUAGCAAAGAAAGUUUGGGAACCACUGACUUAAGGCAUUAAAACAUCCCAUCACUUAACAAAGCUGGUGAAACUCAGCGUGCCUGCACUGCACUGAUAAGGUUAUUUACCUUGUGUGUCAGACACAGAUGCAUUUUGCUACAAUAUGAGAUAAAAAAAAAUAUAUAUAUGUAUAUUUGUGGUAUUUCUAUUUUCAGUAAACACAUGUACCAGGCUUAGCUUUGCAAAUGUGAACACUGUGUUUGCUGUUUCCGGCUAAUCUUUGAGUUUUGGACUGUUGGGCAGGAAGAAUGAGCCAUAUGAAUAAGUCCGUUUCAGCUUUGGGCUGCAAGUUGCACAUGCUAUCAAUUCUUUUUAUUCAGUGUUUGGGAAGAAGCUCCCAACUGUCCUUCGGGAAUUUGUUUUCCACCCCCCAAAAAAUGGAGAGGAGAAGUGUUCAGCUUAUACAUGACACCAACUGUGACACGUUUACACAAAAUACACGUGACUGUGCCAGACGAGCAACGAUCUGGGCCUCGCUGACCUCCGGACUGUGUUGUUACUCAUACACGAUGAGCUGGUGCAUGGUGACCUCACCGAGAUAAGAAUGAAUGCUUUUUGGAUAGAUGGGAUCAUAUCAGUAGACAUGCACUCUCUCCUAUACAGAGCGAAAUCUGACUCUGUAACCUCUGCCAUAAUACCUUGUUGACAACCAUGCAGCUGAGUCACAUGUUCAGGCUUUUUCACAGGCGUGUUUAUCUCUGAAUGUAAGCACAAGUGUGUGAGGGGUAGCCCAGAGUUCCAGGAAAACUGUCCUGCUUCGCUGUGACAGACCUCCUCCUGUCCUCUCAGUUUUUAGGUCUGAUUACAGCAGCUUCAGCUGAGCAGCUGGCAGCUCGGCUAUUUGCGUCGCCUGCUGCUAAACCUCAGCACUGUGGCUGAUUUCAAAUGAACUGAUGUUUCACAAGAAAAGCAAAAAAAAGUUUCUGUGCCUGCAUCACUGGCAGUCGGUCAUUUUCAGUUUCUCUGUAUUUUUCUUCCUGAGAAUAUGCGCAGACACCCAUAGCUUCCUCUUUGCAAUCAGCCUCUUUCAUCAGCUUUUACGUGGCAGAGAAAGACGAAAGCUGCUAACUACCAGCUACAGAAUACCCAUAUUAAACCCGCUUCUCACGAUCAGAGCAGGAAAGCACUCUGGCAGGAUUUAACAGCUGUUUUUGCAGAUUUUAAUAACAACAUUUCUACGGUCGUGUGAAAACAGCCUCCAAAAUGUCAGCUUCACACCAGAGCGUCCCAGAGUGCGACGACAAGAAAAGGGUAAGCGAAGAGGAUGACAGAGGAAGAAAAGAGGAGGAAACGGAGGAGGAGGAGGAGGAGGAUGAGAGGAACGGUGAUGAAGGCUUCAUGGGAAUGACUCCACUCCUGCAAGCACACCACGCCAUGGAGAGGAUGGAGGAGUUUGUACACAAGAUGUGGGAGGGUCGGUGGCGCGUCAUUCCUCACGAUGUACUCCCCGAUUGGCUGAAGGACAACGACUUCCUGCUUCACGGCCACAGGCCUCCCAUGCCUUCGUUUCGCGCCUGCUUCAAGAGCAUCUUUAGAAUCCACACAGAGACGGGAAACAUCUGGACACACCUGCUAGGCUGUUUGUUUUUCCUCUGUCUGGGCCUGAUGUACAUGUUCAGACCCAACAUGUCUUUUGUGGCUCCGGUCCAAGAGAAGGUGGUGAUCGGGAUGUUUUUCCUGGGAGCCAUCCUCUGCCUUUCAUUCUCCUGGCUCUUCCACACAGUCUACUGCCACUCUGAGGGCGUGUCCAGAGUCUUCUCCAAGUUGGACUACAGUGGGAUCGCCUUCCUGAUCAUGGGCUCCUUCGUCCCCUGGUUGUAUUAUUCCUUCUACUGCUCCCCUCAGCCCUGCUUCAUCUACCUGAUAGUGGUCUGUGUACUAGGACUGGCUGCCAUCACCGUAUCACAGUGCGACUUCUUUGCCACUCCGCAGUACAGAGGAGUCAGAGCAGGCGUGUUUGUGGGCCUUGGUCUGAGUGGCGUGGUUCCCACCCUGCACUUUGUCAUCAGUGAGGGUCUGAUCAAGGCGACCACCAUUGGCCAGAUGGGCUGGCUGUUCCUCAUGGCCACGCUCUACAUCACCGGAGCCUGUCUGUACGCCGCCCGAAUCCCCGAGAGGUUCUUCCCCGGCAAGUGUGACAUCUGGUUUCACUCCCAUCAGUUGUUCCACAUCUUGGUGGUCGCCGGGGCUUUCGUUCACUUCCACGGCGUCUCCAACCUGCAGGAGUUUCGCUUCACGGCAGGAGGAGGCUGCACUGAGGAUGGCAAUCUCUAACACACAUACAAACAUACACUGACCCUUUCAUCAUUUACUGACACAGUGAAAACUGUGUCAGGCACUGGUUCUUACAUCCACAGAUAUACACGAACAGACACAUACACACUCACUUCACCCCCAAACUGAAGACCGAAGUGGCUUGUCCUUCUCAUAGGACGCGAUUAAAUCCAACUCUGUCUGCCUGUCUGUCCCCAUUUCCUCUGGCUCCGUUUGCUUUGACUAUAAAACCACUUCUGUGACAGCGUGUUUUAUAAAAGCAGUUUCUGAGACUCUUUCCAGGAAGUAAUCCUUUUGUCCGGGAGGAUACCAGACAUUCAAACCUCCCUACGCUCUCUUCUUGGAUUAAUGGUUUGGUUUCCAGCAGAAGCGUGAUUCAUGCUUUAAAAAGGAAAAAAAACCAAACUUUUUUUUUUGUUUUUGUUUUUUUUACUACUUUUUUUUCUUUUUUGCUGAAUGCUGUUUUCCAAGUUGCCUCUUUAGAGGAUGCAAACAAAUGAAAGUAUGGGGGGGGGGGAGAAUUGAGUGCAAAAUUGAUUCUUUCUCUCAUUGUGAAGCUUUGCAAAUGCGGACAAAAGGGUUAAUAGUCACUUUUAAAAUUUAAAAAACAACAAAAACCAAACAAAAAUAACAACUUUUCCAUGUAAAUAAGAUUUCUAAACUUUGGGUUAUAGAUUUGUAAGAAAUAUAUAUUUAAAAAAUGACAAAAAAUGAUGGCAAGAAUAAAUAUGAUAGAUGGGUAAACCAAUUAGAGCCGAGGGGGAGAGGUGUCAAUUCUACACUUGUUCCAGUGUUCGGUGGGAGGCGCUUCAAGUAACUUUUUUUUGUGUAAGGACACGAGGUGGGGGAGGUUUUAGAGAAAAUUUAUUGGCACAACGUCCAAAUCCUAUCAAAACAUAGUACGCCGUCUCCAGUGGCGACACGGGAGUCACUUACAGGCGUGAAGACCUUACAAACGGCGAGCAACGCAGAUUUCGUCUUAACAUCAAAAACUAUGAUUAUAUAUUUAUGAGUUAUCUAAAUAUGUAGCAUCUUCUUUCUCUGAUUGAAUUCAACCUAAAGCUUAUUUUUGCUCCACCACUAUAUGUUUAUUUUUUCUAAUAUUUCCUUAAAUGAUUUAUUAAAACGCAUAAAUGAUACUUUUCACAAUAUUUUUGUAAACACGGCCCCAGAAUUAGGUAAAACUGGAAUCAUUAGUUUCUGCUCCUCCUACAUCAUUCUUGAUGAGAUUCAUGUCCACAGACCACAAGUAUUUAAAACUAAAAUGAAAACAAUUUUCUUUCUUUGUUUUCUUUUUUUUUUGGAUUGCAUUUUCAUUUGUUCACUGCUGUUAUUGCAUUUCAAGCUUUAAUUUUACGUGUUUCUUUUCUUUCGUUUGCUUCGUUGUUUCGUUUCGUUUGGCGAGGGCCAAAACGUUCCUCCCUCCAAACGUUCCGACUUAAAGGGCUCAUGAUUAAUUAACACGAGAUGAACUUUCAAGUUUAUACCAAAAUCUUACAACUUGCACAAUAAAACACUUCUGAGCUUGUGUUUCUGGGGAUGUGUAAACUUUUUAGGUGUGCAAGUAAAAUGAAAGUUGAUCGAUCGUCUUUGCAUCGCAAGAAGAAUUUUUUGUUUUCAUCUCCAUUUUUUUUCUGUUUCUUUUUUCUUUUCUCUAGUUUAUAUUAAAUUAUUUCUCUCGGGGAGGGCAUACUGUCUGAAGCACACAGUUCGCUCUGGUGGUGUUUGAUUGCAAUAGACCUUUAUAUCUGCUGUAUUGUUCUAAUAAAAAGGUUUUUGAAGCAGUCACUUUGUUUUGGAAGUGUUAUUAUAUACACAAGACUGAGAUUGCAUCACAUAACACUUUACUUAAGCCGCAGCUGAGUUCCAAGUUUUAAAAUAUUAGGUUGUAGAUGAUUUACAAUCCUUCUUCUACCCACACUUGGGUGUAGGGUAUGAAAGAUUCCAUACAUGUCAAUACAAAGUAACUGCUCAUGUAACCCUCUGCUCUGGGGUUCAACAACGUCCUAUCACCUGAUGCAGGCUUUGCUGACACCUUACUGGAUAGAGAUGCCAGCAUGUGGGAAUUGAACUUGAGACACCGUCUCCAGAGGCGUGUAAUCUUACCACUAUACUAUCCAGCUUGCUCAGACAGAAAACCUGCAGUUGCAAAUCUUUUCUUAUUGAUAAUUUUCCUUAUUUUUUUAAAUUUAAUGUGUGUUUAAAAUGUGUUUUAAGUAUAAAAGUGCAAAAGUCUUGAUGGAUCCAUCAUUUCUCUAUAUUUUGUUAGGAAAAUAUGAAAUGGGUGCUGUGAUUUCUUGAAAUGUGCACACAUACAUGGCAAUAUUAAGGCAAAAAUGGAAUUGACAAGCUUGAAGAUGAGCACCUUUAUUCUUCAACACCGUCUGAACUCUUAGGCAGUUUCUUUUCCUUGUAAUCUCUUUAAGAGUCUGGAAACAUUCAGAGAUGACUGAUCUGUUGAUUGAUUAGAUAUUUUUGCCGUAAGAAGCAGUUGAUCAAGUGCAACUAUAAAUAUUUAAACAACUGAAGGAAAAGGAUAACACAAACAGUUAAACAACAAAAGAAUAAAGGAUUUAACGUCCAUUUUUUUAAAUUAUUCAUAUAAAAACAGAUCUUAUUGAAAGACCAGUUCACAAGAAAAAACAGUAAAUAUUUAGACUUUUGGAAAACAGCAUCAUAACACAGUCCUUUCCUCAGAUUCACUCUCAUAUACGUGAUUCAAAAGUCUCGUUGCUAAAAAAAAAACAAAAACAGUCGAGCAUGCCUUUUCUAAAGAGGUGAGGAACAAACAUCCUGUACAAAUAAAUGAUGAAAGAACAAAAAGGAAAUAUUCUUAAAACCAGAACGCUAUAAAUACAUUCUUUAACCAGAAGAGACAAACAAAUACAGUUAAAUGAAAAGCACUUUGGUCUUCCUCCUCAAACACUCUGAAGAUGAUUAUGCUCGCAUUUUUAUGAAUGAAGCUUGCUCCAGUGAACCGAGGCAACCAUUUGUUUCUUUUCCGUGGGCAUCAUUACUUCACGUACCGUUUCGGAUUUAAUUCACACAAAUCAUCAGUACACACACUGAACUAGCAUUCGCUAUAACACCAGACACACACAAACUGUAUCACACAGAGUGAUGUAAAAAAUAUUGUUGAUACAAAGUAACUUUUCUUCCAUUGAGAACGUGUUUCUAAAGUGCAUGUCUUUGUUCACACACAAGAAAGACUUCACUGAAGCAUCGUGCACACCAACGUCUAAAGGAGCUCCGAGCGUUCAACAGCAUUUUAUGUGAAGUCCAGUCAGUUUAUAAAAUAUCUGAGUUGAUUGUGAUCACCUUUAUUUAGGGUUCAGUUUUAUUAUCUGAAUGAACUUCUAAUUGAGAUUUGACCUGGUGGAGUGAAGGGAGAGGCAGAGAUCUCCAGUACGAGUUUCCGUUUCAUUUAUCCAACAUUUUGCUUUUUGGGGAUUGUCUUCUUCAUGCUAGGACAGCUGAAACAGUUUGAUCUGGGACUGGGAGUCGAUAAUGAAACCAUCUGCUAUGCAGGUGCGCUGCUUAACGAGCUGUUGGACACAUUACAUUUUGGCAACCUAUUUUUAUGCUGUUAUAUGAAGUAUCCAGAGAAGUUGCAGUUAUCAGUUCACAUUUUAACAUUAAAACUUCAGUUUGAGAUUUACCAAAAAUCUUUGUCGGUCCAGUCAUCUGUGUAUUUAAAGGGCAUCCACACAGGAAGCAGCUAGUGGUGGGGCCCAAGGUAAGCUUUCCUCAACUUAGAGAUGAAUUGAUGCAGCUACUGGCUGUUGUUAAUCGACACGUUAGCGGGUUGAAGAUACAUUAGAGCAGAUGUGGGCAUUAUCUGACCAUUGGUGGCCCAUGAUAAUUAAAAAUUUUUUUUACUCAUGUGUGUGCAACUAAAUACAGUGGUAAUAAAAUUAUGUUUUAAGAGAUGUGGCUGUUUAUCAUUGUCUAAAUAUGAACUUAAGUCAGAAGUAAAGCUGUGUGGUCAUUUGGUAUGUUUGAAUCGCUAUUACAAGACUAAUCAUAAAGAGAAAUACAAGAACUUGACUUUUUACAAAUCGACACAUCCAGGGAGAGAGCAGUCAAGACCAGCGUUGCGAUUUUGUGAGAUAUCGC